AUGUACGGUGUCGUCAGUGUGAACGUGCUGGUCACGGCAGUGCUCCUUUCGUUGGGCGUAGUGGACGAGUGUGUGUCCGCCCUACACAUGUACCCGGAGAUAUUCGAUCCGUCCAAGUUCCUGGCCCGACCGUUACCGCUGAAAAGUGUGCGACCGAGUGAUACCGCCGGUGACCACCAUCUGGCCCGCGGGUUUCAGGACGAUGAGACGGGUUUCGUGCGAUCGAGCAGUGAAUCGGGCAAGACGGGAUUCGUGCACCGUGAAAACUUUCACCGCAAGGAUGGCAACAAGUACGGGAACGAAAAGCAAACCGGACACGGGGAAUCGCGACGCUCGGAGGAACCGUCAGUGGGAGCGGCAAAGGACGUAGCUGGCGGACACGAAACUGGCCGAAGGAUAAUCGAAACGGAUCAUUACAUCCCGGAACCGAUGUACGAGGUGACCGAGGAGCAGAACAGCGAUUAUGAGAAUCCCGAUAAGCACAAGAAGUACGGUACCGCGGCGAAGCCCGCGCCCGGCCAGGAGGAAACCGAUAAGAAGAAAAAGCCGAAGGUGGAAAGUCAAAUGAAAGCGUCCGGGCUGAAGGAGGCGACCGGUCCGGCGAGGAGGAAACCGAGAAAAGGUGGUCGGAGCAAUCAGCAGAACAACCACAAUGGCUACGAAUCGAUCGUGUACCACGAGAACGAGCGUGACAGCAUGGAGCAGGGCUACGGGAAGCGGAAGGCGGUCGGUAAGCUGCCUACCAAGCAGACGGUCCACGGCAAUCCGGUACCACAGGGACGUCUGCUCGACGACGACAACGAGUAUGAAGAGGACGGGCGCCAUGGUGAUGAGGAGGAGGAGAAUGAGGAUGACGAGACUCGCCACAGCGAGCACGCCGAUGGUGAGGACGGUGACGACGACGAAGUGGACACGGGCGAACGUGGUAAUGAUUCGGACUUUGGUGAUAACUAUGACACGGUCCGGUUCGAUAGUGACUUCGAGAGGUCGUUCCGAGGGCAUGAUGCCAGCUUUGAAAACGGCCACGACGACGGGGGAAAGAACGCGAGGGGGAAGGGCAAAGGACGCCAGCACGAUAAUGUGGAUUAUGAUUACGACGAGGAGGUAGACCGGGAGCAGGUGGAUGAGGCGGCCAGCGAGGAUAAGUACCGAGGUGAUGAUGAGUCCGACGAGGAGGGGGAGGAAGAGGAGGGCAAUGGUGAGAGGGACGAUGACGAUGGGCGGCAGUACGAGUACGCCAGCGAGGCGGACAGUGACGCACAGGACUAUUGA